GUAUCUAUAUCACACUAUCUCACACAAGCUAAGAGAAAAGAAAAAAAAGUAAAAUCAAAUCAAAUCUGUUUUAGUGAUCUAGUUCAUAAGUUACGCAGAAAUGGGGUCGUCUUCGUCGUAUCAGAAAAUUGCGAUUCUCGCCAUCUUCUUCGUGGUGGUUCUUGGUGUGGCUACCACCACUGCUAACGGGCAGAUGGUAUGCAAGAUGACGUUGGGGGAUUUUUUGGCAUGCAAGUCGGCGGCAACUCCACCGAACCCACCACCACCGUCUGCCGCCUGUUGCUCCGGCAUAUCACAUGCCGACCUUUCAUGCCUUUGCUCGUUCAAGAACAACACUCUGUUGCCUUCGUUCGGGAUCGACCCGAACCUAGCCCUACAACUCCCUAAAAAGUGCAACAUCCCCCUUCCUUCAAAAUGCUAAAAAGGGUUUUUUUUAAAACCCUAAAUAUAUAAUAAUAAAGCUUUGAUAAUACUAUAUAUACAUAAGAUAUAUAUAUAUAUCUAUAUAUGUAUAAUGCUAUCUCCUAUUGAGUAUUUGUUGCUCUUGUGUGUUUCUGCUACUAAGCUGUAAUGGUUUGUUCAAUAAACAGUUCGAAAUCUAACUCGAAGCCGAUAAUCGAUUUAUGACGUGGUUUUUUAA